AUGGGCACUCCUUUCCUGUUCUGGAAAUAUCCACUCGCGAAUGUGGUGAUCUCUAGUGGUUUUGGCAACGAUACUGGCUGCCCCAACUAUACGAUAUGUAGAGUCAGCUUUUUUGGCAACAACAACUUUUUCCAAUGCUGGAAAUCGAUCUUUAAACUUUGCAGCAUACCGACUCGGGUCACCAACAGUAUCAACAAACACUUCUGUGACGUUUACUCCUUGAGCUAG